CUAAAAGAUUCGAAUCAUCAAAACGAUUCGUUUGGCAUCCUCAGAUCCGCGCUCGCGCCACAGAGACACAAGCGCCAGGGGACAUGACGGUGAUUACAACGCUGUAGCAGUUGGUACAGCACUUUCCUCACAGUACAAAUCUACAAUGGACGGUUCGGUGAACUCUAGUAACGAGUCUUGUUUCCCUCCGAGUGUUUGUGAGGAAGACGCGCUCGAGCCCGCGGUUCCUCACCUGGUGGACGCCUGGCUCGUGCCGCUGGUCUUCAUCAUCAUCAUGCUGCUGGGACUGUUGGGUAACGCACUGGUUCUGCACGUGAUCUGUAAUCACAGGAAAAUGUGGACAGCGACAAACAUAUAUAUAGCUAACCUGGCGAUGACGGACAUCACCUUUCUGGUUUGCUGUGUGCCUUUCACUGCUGUGCUUUAUCCAUUACCAAGCUGGAUCUUUGGAAAUUUCAUGUGUAAAUUUGUCAGCUACAUUCAACAGGUAUCUGCACAGGCCACAUGUGUAACACUGACAGUGAUGAGUGUGGAUCGUUGGUAUGUCACUGUGUAUCCGCUGCGCUCCCUGCAGUGUCGCACGCCGAGAGUUGCCACUGUGGUGAACCUGGGAAUCUGGAUAGGAUCUUUCUUGGUGUCUCUGCCAGUGCCACUGUACACUAGGACGUUAGCUGGAGAAUGGUUUGGUCCUCAGGUAUUCUGCACUGAGAUUUUUCCCACAACAACUCACAAGAAAGCUUUCAUCCUGUACAACUUCCUGGCGGUGUAUCUGCUCCCACUGGUGACCAUCUGUGUGUGUUAUCUGGUCAUGUUGUACCAGAUGGGCCGGCCAGCUGUGGAGCCUGUUGACAAUAAUUAUCAGCUCCAGAUUCAGACGGAGCGCAGUGCAGCUGUAAGAGCAAAAGUAUCCCGUAUGGUGCUGGUGAUUGUACAGCUGUUUAUUGUGUGCUGGGGUCCCAUCCAGCUGUUCAUCCUGACACAGGCAUUUAGCCCACACUUCCGUCAGGACUACUACACAUACAAAGUGAAGAUAUGGGCACACUGCAUGUCCUACAGCAACUCGUGCAUUAAUCCCAUAGUCUACGCCUUUAUGGGUGCCAACUUCCGCAAGGCAUUCAAGAAGACUUGUCACUGCUGUUUUAAACAGCGUGUAACUGUCACCCAGCAGCCAAAUGUAAACGGGAACACUGAGAUGCACUACGUGUCAUAGAGUAGAGUAGCUCUGUGUGUGUGUGUGUGUGUGUG